UUUCCUGAUUGUCUGAGCUGACGCUGCCAGGUCUAACACACUCACGAGCAGCUGUAGGAUUCCUCUGCGCCGUAAUUAGCGUCAUAAAUAGAAGCAUCUUCCAAACUGCCUUUACAUUUUUUCCUUAACUGAUCAUUUCACGUAACUAAUCAAUAAUGGAAUUAUUUGGUCGAUAUCUGGAAAGGAGUAAUUCAGUAAGCUCCACCAUGACUCAGGACAUUAUCAAAGAGGAAAACCUGAGAGAUGACCUGAGGUACUACUUCAUGAGCCCCUGUGAGAAGUACCGGGCCCGACGGCAGAUCCCUUGGAAACUCGGGGUGCAGAUCCUGAAAAUCGUCAUGAUCACCACUCAACUUGUUCUGUUCGGCCUUAACAACCAGCUGGUAGUGGCCUACAAGGAGGAGAACACUGUGACUCUCAAAACCCUGUUCCUGAAGGACUACAGUGGGAUGGAUGAGGAUGAUUACAGUGUAGCUGUGUACACUCAACAGGCUGUCUAUGAUAGUCUGUUUUACAUCCUGGAUCAGUACAGCCAACUGGUCCAUCUCUCUGUGGGUCCCAUCGGAUAUGCAGAGGAUGAAGAUGGUAAGCUGCUGCUUCUCACCAUCUGUAAGCAGUACUACAAGAGAGGCAGCGUGAAGCCCUCGGAUGAAUCCUACGACAUAGAUGCUCAGCUAGAGGAAGUUUGUAUGUCACAUGAUCCAAAGACUGCAAACCUGUGGAGAACCCAGAAUUCAUCCUUUUUUGAUUUGGACUUUUACAGACUUAUUGAUAUAAAGAUCAUGUUCCAACUGAAGGGAAUUAACCUACAGACAGUUCGAUCACGGGAGUUACCUGACUGCUACUCUUUCUUUGUCACGAUAACAUUUGACAACCAGUGUCACAGUGGGAAAGUGAAAAUAUUUGUGGACAUAGAUGCUCAGAGCAGUGCUUGCAGAGACUGGAAGAUAUCUGGGACAGCUCAGAAGAACACACACUAUCUCCUGGUGUUUGACGGCUUUGUCAUCCUAGUUUGCAUCACAUCAGCUGUGCUGUGCACCCGCUCCAUCAUAUUGGCUGUUAGGUUACUGCAGAGGUUUUCUAGGUUUUUCAAAGAGAACUACAAUCGCACAGUGUGUGAGGAUGACCAGAGAGAGUUCCUAAAUGGCUGGUAUGUGCUAAUCAUUGUCAGCGACCUCUUGGCCAUAAUUGGGUCCAUACUGAAGAUGGAAAUUCAAGCAAAGAGUCUAACCAGUUAUGAUGUGUGCAGUAUUUUUCUGGGAACAUCUACGUUAAUGGUGUGGGUUGGCGUGAUAAGAUACCUCGGAUACUUCCAGAAAUACAAUGUACUCAUUUUAACCAUGAAAGCAGCCUUCCCCAAGGUCCUGCGAUUCUGUUGCUGCGCUGGCAUGAUCUACCUGGGUUACACCUUCUGUGGAUGGAUUGUACUGGGGCCAUACCAUGAAAAGUUUGAAGGCCUGAGUCGUGUGGCUGAGUGCUUGUUCUCCCUGGUAAACGGUGACGACAUGUUCACCACUUUCGCCCAGCUCAAGGACAAAAACACCUUGGUGUGGAUCUUCAGCAGAGUCUACCUCUACUCUUUCAUCUCCCUGUUCAUCUACAUGGUUUUGUCGCUCUUCAUCGCCCUGAUCACCGAUGCUUAUGAGACCAUCAAGAAAUAUCAAAAGCAUGGAUUCCCGUUGACAGACCUGCACAAGUUUCUCAGAGAUCAGAAGGACUUUCCGGUGGUAGAGGAGAGCAGUCACGUAGAUGCACAUGUCAGAUAUUCUGUUCUCUGCUGCUGCCAACGAAUUCCAGAAAAUGACAAUGUUGUUCUCAUCAGCUGACAGCUGUUCAGAUGAUUCAGAAAAGAGGAGGAGGACGAGGAAGAGGAUUCUGGGAACAGAGCUUCAAACCAAGUUUCCUCUUCCCUCUACUUAUGUUCAUGAAACUUGAACAUGAGUCUCAUGUUUCGGUACUACUGCACUUGUCUUUUGAACAAGUUUGACUGUCUCUGGAUUUGACCCGUGAUAUGCAAUGUCAUGCAGUGCAAUGUGACAUUUAUUCUCAAGUUUUGUGAGUGUGUUUGAUGAAAUGUUAAUACAGUAAAUAUUAUUCAAUUA